UUGUUGUCAACUCCAAAAAUGGCGACCGAGGGCUGCAAAAAGCUGAAGUACACCAUUCAUAAGUGCUCAAGUUACACAGGCUCGUACUUGCCCGAGAAUAUUUUGGUAGACAAACCGGCGGAUCAGUACUCAAGAUGGUCCUCGGACUCCAACUAUCCUCCCCAGUUCCUAAUCCUCAAAUUAGAGCGGCCGGCGAUUGUGCAGUCCAUAACGUUUGGAAAGUACGAAAAGACUCACGUCUGCAACAUGAAGAAGUUCAAAAUAUAUGGCGGCCUUACGGACGAACACAUGCUGGAAAUCUUGGACAGUGGUUUGAAGAACGACCACCUCACCGAAACGUUUAUGCUCAAACACACGAUUAACGGCAACCGAUUUCCCUCGCGCUAUAUCAAGAUUGUGCCGAUCCAGUCGUGGGGACCGAGCUUUAACUUCAGCAUCUGGCAUGUCGAGCUUCAGGGAAACGAGGAACGAGACCUUGUCAAGUCGUCGGUGAGAUGGUUCAGCGCGUUCCGGGAAAAAGAAGCCAUCCGCCUGUGUCUGAAGCACUUCCGACAGCACAACUACUCCGAAGCGUUCGAGUCGUUACAAAAAAGAACCAAAGUCCAACUUGAAGAUGCUCUCCUCACGAGGCUUCAUGACCUCAUGGUGCAGGAAGGCGAUUUCUCGGCUUGCGAACAGCUCCUUGAAACGGCAGCUAGCGAAGGUGUCUUCAACGAGUAUCUCAAGAACGAGGAGUACAAGCCCAAGUGGACGCCAAUCCUGUCUUCCGACAAACCGGAAGGCAAGAACCGCCCCGGAAUGCGUGGUGGCCACCAGAUGUGCAUUGACGUUCAGACAGAAACCCUGUACCUGUUUGGUGGUUGGGAUGGCAUGCAGGAUCUUGCCGACCUCUGGUCCUACCAGACUUCGACGGGCUUGUGGACGUGUCUGUCUAGGGACACCGAGGCAGAGGGUGGCCCCAGCGCACGUUCGUGCCACAAGAUGUGCCUGGACCCAGAGCGCAAGAAGGUGUUCACCCUGGGACGAUACCUGGACUCUUCCGCACGCACCACAGAGUGCCUCAAGAGUGACUUCUACGUCUACGACAUCGAGACGGGCAAGUGGACCCUCAUCACUGACGACACGGCUGCCAUGGGGGGUCCCAAGCUCAUCUUCGACCACCAGAUGUGCAUGGACGUCGAGAAGAACACCAUCUACGUCUUCGGCGGAAAGAUACUCACGAGCUCCCUGGCGGUUGAAGACAGGGCGCUAGAGACGGCCUUCAGCGGACUCUUCACAUACCACGUGCCCACCAACACCUGGCACAAGUUGAGAGAUGACUCAACGGGCAGUGGACCGCAGGAGGUGAAGGCCCGCAUCGGUCACUCCAUGCUCUUUCACGAGAAGUCGCGGCUGUUGUACAUCUUUGCGGGGCAGCGUUCCAAGGAGUAUCUGACCGACUUCUUCACAUACAAUGUGGAUACGGAUCAGAUGAACAUCCUCUGCGACGGACAGAAGGUGGAAGUGCCAGCGGCCGGGUUCACGCAAAGGGCAACGAUCGACCCCGAACUGAACGAGAUCCACGUCCUCUCUGGCUCAAACAAGGACAAGGAAAAGCGAGAAGACAACGUAAAGAACUCUUUCUGGAUUUAUGACAUCAACCAGAACAAGUGGUCUUGCAUCUACCACAGCGACUACGGACAGCAGGCGACGUCAAAGCAAACCGUCCAAGAGCCCUGCCCGAGGUUUGCGCACCAACUAGUUUACGAUCACGUCAAAAAGGUACACUACUUGUUUGGGGGAAAUCCCGGACGCCCAAACUCUCCCAAAGUCAGACUAGAUGACUUCUGGUCUCUCCAGUUGUGUCGACCGUCCAAAGAGCAGCUUCUGAGGCGGUGCAAGCACCUGGUCCGACAACACUGCUUCCGGGAGAUCACCUUCAAGGAUCCGCUUUCGGCACUGCGCUACCUCCAGACCGAGCUUUCGGAGACAGUCGAUCACUCGAACCCCGAGGAAGAGAGAGAGUUUCAGCUUCAGGCAUCCAGUCUCUUCAAGCUUCCAGAUGCAGACCGUGAUGAAGUGAUGGCUACAACAACUCCACUUGGAGACUCCGGAGAUGCGGACUACAGGUUCCAGCUGCGCACGAAUCUGUUUGACACGAUAGUGGAGUUCUUUCCUGAAUCCAUGACCCAGCCAAAAGGAAACCUGGUGGACCUGGUUCUGCUAUGAAAGCAGGGCCAAGCUGCAGGAACGGUGGUGCAAGGUUCGCAAAGGCUGCCGGAAUCCUGCUCCAGCGUUUUCCCCACCGCCCUCGUCGGAAAGACGUCAAUCAUGAACACUAGUCCCUCUUGCUGUUACAUUUCGGGCCAUUUUUGGAGCUGACCCUUCCGUUUUAAAAGAGAGAUCUCUUCUUUCUCUUUCUUUCCCCUAGUGUAAUAUAGUAGACAUUAUUUUCUUCUUCCCUAUCAGGUUUUAUGAAAUCUAGACUUUCUAAGGCAUAGGAGUCGCUUAGAGAAAGCCAAUGGAUUCUUUGUGCUUCAACGGAAACCUCUUGGAAGUAGCUAGAGCUGUACUGAAAGUCUUCUUCGUUUUUUGCUACAGUCUUUUCCUCGGAAUGUGCCUCGUGUCGAAGGAAUCGGAAGGCUUCGAGAGUGUAAAUACAAUAUAUUUUGUACAUAUAAAAUGGAAUGGAGGUACUGCUUCUUUGUGGUGCGUCGCGUGCUCCAAGCUUGGAUGGCUUGUGAUCUCUUGCUGGGUUCCUGGUUGGAUUGUCUGCUCUUAUUUAUUGCACCUUUUAACGGCAAGGCGACUGAAGAAAACUAAGUUAUGUGUGCUUGCAAGGUUUGAGUUGUUCUCAGAGCUCGGCACUCUUUUUAAUGUUUCUUCUCUCUUAUUGUUUUGUUUUUAGUAGAGAUGUUUUUUUUUCUUCUGUGUUGUAUGGUGUCUAUCUGAUGUUUCAGCUAAGACUAAAAUAUUUCUAUCUAUAGGAUAGUUGAGAUAAAAAGAAACAUGUUUGAGAAAAACUGCCACCCACGGCAUACAUCAGGGAUUGCAGAAAGCGAACUAAUUAGAUAAAAAAUCAUGUGAAAUUUACUGAUUAACUUUUUAAUUAGUGAGAGUGAACAUAUGGUUUCAAUUCGAAACUUCCCGAGCGUCAUCGAAACCCCCUAGAUAAGUCAGUUUUUGGAAGACUUAAAGCAUGUGUGAAGUGCACGAGCAUGCUAAAUUUGCUGCUCUUACAACUUGCAGAAGGCUGGCAAUAUGAAUAUGUGGAUGAUAAGAAUAUGCGCGUUUUUGCAUCACCAGAAUUCUGCAUAGGUGGAGACUUUAGCACACCCCCACGCUUCACACAGUAUUUGCCUUCCUAAAAUUGACUGAUUUAGGGGUCUUUGAUGACAGUCAGCAAAUUUUUUUUUGCAAACAUGUUUAUUUUCACUAAUUAAAAAGUUAAUUUGUACAUUUUUGCUUAUUAUUUAUUUAGGUAGUAUGUUUUUUUGUUUUGUUUUUUUACAAUCCCUGACGUCCACCAUGACUAACAGUUUGUUCCCAAAUUUUUUUUUUUUUUUCAACCAUUUUUUUUGGUAGGAAGUUUUUAAAGUCUGUGCUGAAACACCGGUUAUUUAGGUAGAUUUCAAAAGCAGUCGGUUUCUGACAAUCGUGCAGAGCAAGCUUGUUUAAGUUGGAUGUGUAGUGUACUUUUUAAUUGCAACUUAAUUGUUUAUAGCAAGAAACCAAAAUGCCCAACUUUUUGCACUUUCUUCUGUUCCUUCUUUUUUUUUCUUUUUUUUUUUUUUAGUGGGUUUUAUCUUUGAGCUUUUUGUCGCUUGGUCAGAAAAAGUCUCAAUAAAUAAUUUUUCAUUUA